AUGCGUAUAAAGGUACGACUAUUUUUGUAGUGUUCGUACAAAAAUAUAUAGUCUAGUUCUCUUUAAAUAUCAAUUUGUUUAUCGAGUUCUCUUGUGGUUUUAGAGUACUUGGAAGUUGUGCGACAACGAGCAGCAAGCAAGGUUUGUAUCUACAGCAUGUCUCCUUCGCAAAGACUUUUUAGUGCGAUUUUUGGACUUUCUUCGGAAUUUAUUGAAAGGCGCCAGAGUGUUCGCCUUUCCUCAAUAGCGCCUUUAGUUUAUUACCCUCUAGUGCAUGCCUUUUCACAAGAAAAUCCAGAGAGCCUCUGUGGAGGAGAGAUCUACAGUACAACUCAUUCCUCCAUGUAAGUUAGAAAAUGAGUAAGUGAAAAUGCUAAUUUCCUCGCUAUUCAUGAAUAUAUAAUUUCAAUUUGGGGUUGACAAAAAGUCCAGUUGCAAUUACUGUAGCUAUAUCAACUCUAUAAACGUGGUUUGUUAAGACGUUUGUUCUUAAUAAAACAACAAUCGACAAGGUUUUUCGGAUACCUGAAGCACUCAAUCACGCGUAAAUAUGAGAAGUAUAGUAACUCAAUAAUAUUUUCCUUUGUUUCAGGACGGGGGUCUAGUUCACAAAUCUAGCCACAAAUCACCUGGUAAUGUCAAGUUGUCCUUUACACAGCUUGAGAAAGAUGGGAUUAUCAUUGAAAGUCACGAUGUGCCGGAAAAACGGUAGGUUCAUAAAAAAGGAUUUUUCAUUAUAUGCACACACGAGUUGCUCAAGAUUGAGAAUAAUUUACCAUGGUUGUGUCGUCAGAUGCGAAUCAAACCAUGCAGUCUCCACACUGUAAAAGUAAAACAGUAACAUAAGUCGAUAUCGUAGAUAACAGUAACACAAGUCGUUCACUUUUAAACCAUAGGGGUUUACAUUUAAAUCGCGAAGGUAGUGACUUGUUACAGGAAAACAUAGCAAAUAUUUUAAAAUCUCAUGAUUAAAAUGAUGAAAGGCCGAGGAAAAAAGCUCAUGAAACCAGGUUUAAUAUUCCUAAAACAAGAGGUUUUUAAAUGGCUAUGCUUAACGUAGUCAGCCUAACAAAACAUCUUGAUGAAAUUAGUAUUAUUGCAUGAUAAAGAACUUGAAGUCUUGGCACUUAGCGAAAGCCGCCUUGACCAUUUCUGAUGAGCUUGUCAGUAUGGGAGGGGGAGUUUGCAUUUAGGGGGAGUUUGUCGAGAGGGCGAGUUUGCAUUUAGGUAAGGUGUCACGUAAAUUAUCAAAAACGUGUAGACUUAGUUCCAAACAACAACUUCUGUUCAUCAUAUAUAUAAAUGAUUUGCCAAAUUGUCUCAAACACACAACAUCUAGAAUGUCAGCAGAUGAUACCAGCCUGACAGCUGUUGGUGAAACAUUGGAUGAAGUGUAGGAGAGGGCAGAUGAAGACCUGAUGAAUGUCCGAAAGUGGCUGUGUGCAAAUAAACUUAGUUUAAAUAUUGGGAAAACUGAGUACGUUCUGAUUGGAUCACGGCAUAAGAUAACAAAUAUGGAUGCCUAACCUAGAGUUAAAACCGAUAGCUAGUCGAUCAAAAGAGUUAAACAUGUCAAAGUGCUUGGAGUUAGAUUGACAAGAAUUUAAAUUGGGGGAAACAUAUUGAAUUCAUUAAUCAAUUGCUAGUAAAAUAUGUCCGGUAUUGGAGCUAUAAGAAAACUUAAGGAAUUUGGUGAUCGAAACACUUUGGUAUUGAUAUAUAAUGCUUUAAUUCAGCCUCAUUUUGAUUAUUGUUGUGAAGUUUGGGAUGCACUUGGCAAAGGUCUUAGUUAACGCCUUCACAAAAUACAAAAUAGAGUGCCUAGACUGAUCAUGAAUUUCAAAAAUGAAUCCAGUCAGUCUAUUUUGGCUUGUAUAUAAUGCUCUUGGUUGGAUAUCACUUGACGAACGUAGGGCGCAAAUGAAAGCCAGGAUCAUGUACAAAACGUGCAAUCAAUUAGCCCCUCGAAGUUUGUUCGACAAUUUUCAAAAUUCGAAGUCAAUAAAUGAUUACAAUUUAAGGGGUUCUUCGACUAGGCUUUUUAUUCCCAGGCCUCGGACGGAAUUCGUAAAAAAUGUUUCAGUUACAGUGUGGCUCAAAUAUGGAAUCAGAUACCGGAAGAGAUAAGAACUUCGGUAUCAUAUGAUUCGUUUUGCAAAAAGCUUUCUUCCUCGACUUGUUUUUAGAAAUUAGCUGUCUUGGUUAAAUGUAUUGUUUAGUUAGUAUAUAAGUUAUUGCAUGUUGGACAUAAUUAAUAUAGUAUUUAAUAUUUAAAUACGUUUUAGUAUAUAAAUUUGUGUUUUGUAAUGUUAACCACUUCUUUUGGAGAUCAGCUGUGUGUUGAAAAGAUUUGUGUGUUUAAAUAAAGUUGAUCAUCGUAUAGUAGCGUCUAAAGAGGGUCCUGAAGGGGUACAAUGGGAGCUGGGAAAAUGGGAUUCCAUGCACUGGGACUGGGAUUUACCAACAAAGCAAAUUUAAAAAUGGGAUUUGGAUUUGAGCAAAACUGGGAGGAUGGGAUUUGGUCCAAAUUUGGGCUGGGAAACUGGGAUUGGGACUACCAAAACCCACCACCCAACCCCCCUUUUUUAUACGGAAACGAUAGAUGAAGUUAAUUGAUAAAAGGUUCUUACCAUAAAUAGAAAUUUUCACUAUUUACAUUGCUAAUUAUAGAAAAACAGCUCAUGAACUUUUUACUGUUUUUAGAAAAUCAAGUUUAUAUUUUACGAUAAAAAGUCCCUCCCGUGGAAUUUAUAAAGUGUCCUUGUUAUCAAAAGGUAAACUUUUUUCCUAUUAUUAUAAUACUAUUUAAUAUAUACAUUUUGUUAGGCCAACCUUUCUGCUGUUUAUAAUGUCUACGAUAUUUUAGUUUUAAUAGAUUUGCCACAAUAUUAUAGACAUAUACAUACAAUACAAUACAAUACAACUGCAGGAAUUAGGUAGUCCUGAUAUCUGCGCGAGGGAUGAAACAUGGGGUGAUAAUAUUUUAUGCUUAUAGUGUCGUAACUAAAAUGUGAGUUACCAGUGGUACUAGCUACAAUGUGGAAAAAUGAAUUAUGGCUCGGGAUCAGGCAAAGGCUGUAUUCCAAAGGGUAUAAUAAACCUGUAUGGUUGUGAUCGAUUUACUCAAUCAUUUGUCGGAUCAUCUCCGGACAAGAACUACUGUAUCUAGCCUUCAUUUCAUUUACCAUUCUCUUAGUCUAUCUGCAAUCUCUAUAUUCAUAUCUGUUUUAGAACUUCCUGGAGUAACUAUUGCUCAGGCUGAAUUGCGACUUGAAGAAUUAUUGGAACUACAAUAUCUUCGCCAUCCUGUAAGUAUUCUACGAGCACAUGAUGCAAGCCCUACAAAUACGUAUUCCCUGGUUUGGACAGUUAACUACCGUAUAUUCUCCAGUAACCCCAUCCUCUAAUAAGCCUUCCCUUUCUACAGGACGGAAUUUAUGUACAGUAGACCCCCUUUCUCUUAAGCCUCCCUCCCCCCCGUUAAUAACAAAGAAACAUAUAUGUGCUGAUUAAAUCUAGUAAAAUUCUAAUAAAAACCAUGAAUAUUUUACUAAAUUAGUAGCCCACCCUGUUUCAAUAAGCCCUCCCCCUCAGCCGAGCUUGAAAAAUAAAUAGGCACCAUGCUUAAUAGACGACGUGUGGUAUGUGGCACUUUGAUACUAUUAAAAGAGUGAAGAGAUAAAAAAAUGCCAUUGAGUACUGAAAUUUUAUACAAUAUUUUAUUUAAAAAACUGCAUUCAACCCAAAAAUGUUGUGGAAUAUUGUAGAACUCGAAAUUAUUUAUUCUCUGGCAUCUCACCGGCAUGCAGGACGGGUGUUCCUUAUAUGAUAUUAGCUUUUACCAUAAUUUGACUUCAACUCAAAUAGUUUUUCCCAUCUUGCUUUAACACAUUAACCAUUAAUGCGAUUAUGCGAAGCGGUAAUGACCUUAUUAUAAGUUAAUGUGAUUAUAAGCUUGGUCUUUGCAAAAAGUAUAGUUUACACUGUUUCGAAAAAAAAUGUUCCGACGACAGCUGCAAAGGCUUAUUUAUUAUCCUUAGACUUAAUGGUUGUGGCAAGUUAUACUUGUUCAAAACAUUUUCACAACUUGUACGCCCCCUCCCCUGUAUGAAGAGUAUAAUGUUAUUUGAAAAAAAUCUAUACCAACGCGUUGCACUUGCUUUCUCACUCAGUCGUGUCCAUGCAUGUCUGAGCACGCUUCAAUUUGGCAAGCUUGCUCAAAAGUUAAGAAGUCUCGUUUUUCACCGGAUGCUAAGAUCAAGUGUUCUUAAAAAGCCUUCUUACAGUCUAAGCCCUUCUAUUUUUAAAUGUACAACAUUUGGAAAGAUGGUUUUGUUAUACCUUUCGACCCCAGCAUGAAAUUAACUGCUCAGAAAUGUAGGCCAUUACCGAUAUUGUGCUGAAGUUACUGUUUCCUUUUUUCAGAAAAAUAUCCGGUUUUAGAAGCGUCAGAAUGUCCCAGACUAUUGUGAUAGCAAUACUUGUUUUUACCGUUGGGAAAAAAAUCUUCGUCAUUCAUUCGUUCAUACAUUUUUCCAUGCACGUUUGCAUGUUGCAGCACUGUAGUUGCGAUAGUAACUUCUAGUUUAUAUAUUUUUUACUGUUAGACUGACUGCGUCAGCUGUGCAUACAUAAGUCGUGGUGUAUUUACUUUAGAAAUGCGCAAUCCUUACGACCUUAGCCUUAAAAAUAUUUCAGUCUGUUUUAACAUUUAUUGAAAAAAAGUUAAAUAUGCAGCAGACCAAUUAUAUGUGUUCCUAACAUCUUUCCCAAAUCAAUAUUUGGUAGAGUUAUGUGUGACCUGGCAUUGCCGGUAGUUAACAAAUGACUAAUAUCACCCAAUUAACUUGCUAUAUUAAUCUAUGUAGGAUUUCAUCAUUUUAAUUAAAAAUUUAUAAUAUAGCAGAUUGAAAAGGCUAACAUUUGAGUUGAAUUGAAUUGAAAAGCCUUUUAGUUUGACAGGGAAAGCCUUUUGUUACCAACUGUUAUUUUUUUCUUAAUAAGAAAUAUUUCGUUGGUUGAAAUAUGGUUGAAACAAAACCGUUGGCGUUACCGAACUAAUAAAUUUUUAAAUUAUAUAUUGGAACUUUUUUCAAGCAUAUUCCUUAAAGUACGAGGAAAUGACGUAGAUCUAGUAAUCAUCUAGACGUAGUCUCUGAAUGACAACCAUGCAAUCCUGUCCCCGUUUUCGCAAAUAUAACGACUUACAGAAUGAUUAAAAACGGGAAAUUGCUCCUAACUCUUUCCUGCCUGUUUUAAUGGCAACAAUAUUCUUAAUGCACCGUAUGUCCGGUUUUGGUUAAAGUGGUUCUCAUUAAGUUCGCUAUUUUGCUAUAAUGGCAUAGUUCAUACUGUUUUAAUACAGAAUUUGUUCAGUAUGUACAUGAAAUGUUCUCGUCGAUUUUAAGUUGUUUUCAGGCGUCAUUAUAUCAGACUUCUAUACAUUCAAUGUUUCUCCGCUCAAUCUCAAGCGGACUCGUAGCUUAAUUAAACUUCAAUUGGCAAUAGUCAGUAAGAUGAUUUUCUGUCACCUUGCGACGCAAGUUCAUAUAUAUAUAUAUAUAUAUAUAUAUAUAUAUAUAUAUAUAUAUAUAUAUAUAUAUAUAUAUAUAUAUAUAUAUAUAUAUAUAUAUAUAUAUUAGUAAUCAUAUUUCUAUCAAAAAUUAAAUGACACAGUACAUCGACAUCUUACACGCAUUUUAAACGCCACUAUAAUGGCAACGCUAUGAGUUUACGAAAUUGUACAUCAAAUGUUUACUGUAUCUUUUGAGUUUUGUGCUCUUAAAUACAUUUGUAUAUGAUACCUUCAAAAUUUGUUGAAAUUAUACAUACAAGCAUAUUUAGUUUUUUCAAUGCCAGUAUUGGUGGUUUGCAUUCAAUCCCAUGAGAUUUAAUAAGAAAAGGUACGGAGAUAAUGUAGGAGAAACACGCUCCAAAACUGCUAUAAUGAUAUACUUCUGUUGCGUUCAUCCAAUAUGGCUGUCAUGAAGUCAAAGAAUAACAUCGAGAAUGACGAUAUAUAAAACCACUUGCGUGUUGAAUAAUGAUAUUUAAUGUUUUAUUGACCUACUGGGUUUCAUUUUAGACUGCCUGAGAUGUGAAUACCUGAUAAUUAUUCCUAUCUGUGAAUGUUGACAUUUUAAACAGUAUGCUGUCUAAACGUUGAUGUUAAUCAUGAUUUAAUGCAGUCUCAUCGUGUGUGGGAGUAUCAAUGUAGCCUACAGUGUAGGCGUUGAUGUGUUUGAAUACAUUAAAUAUUACUUGCGGUAGCAUGAUUUCUGGCUACUCCCUACCGUCUGUACACGAAAUUUAAUUUCAUUUGCCCUGUAUUUACCUUGAGAUUAAUGUCCAGCUAUUAAAAUUAACUGUCUCACUGUUAACAUAGGAAAAACAAUCUUCGCACCGAAGUGAUUAAUAUUGCAUGAACUGAUUUUCAACGCGCAGCAUAAAUAUUUUAGAUAUCGUAUCGAGGUACAUAUAUGCUUUAAUUUCAUCAAUUUAACAUGAGGAUAUUUCAGCUUAUUAGUCCAUUUGGAAUUUUAGUUUUAUCUUUAUUGCAUGCACGCGUAUAGUUGACGAAAGUUGAUUGAAGAAAGGAUUGUGUUGUAGCGCCAAUAUAUCAAGUGUUUUUCAGAUAUGAAUAUAAAUGAGGUGUUUUUCGUUAUUCAAUUUUUCAUGUUAAGCUCAGUUUGCUAUAAAAACAUAUUCGUGUUCUGCUCUUUGUACAACAAAGGACGAGCAUUUCUUGUACAUGUGGUGUUUAUUCACAAUUUUAAAAUAAAAAUGUCUUAUAUCUAAAUUUAUAAAUUCACAUUUUUAUAUUGUGUACAGUUUUGGCUAAUAUCAGUUUAAGUGUCUUUGACUAGGCUAUUUCUGUUUUCAAUGUUGAUAGUUCAUUCCAGUAAACCGUUGAUUGAGUUAAAUGAUACGCUAUGACAAACUGUAACAUUUUGGUAAUAAAUAACAUCUACAUAAUACUGUCAUCACCCCAGAUCAUCCCUCCCCAUCCGAUCUACGUUGUUACGUAGAUUACAAAAUUACCCUAUUCUUUUAAGCAGUGAGAUUUAAUUUCAUGUUAUAUUAAUACUGUUAAAUCCUGUUAGUUUGACACGUGCCUGCUGUCGUAUCGGAUACAACACCACUUGCCCACAUUAAUAACAAUAACCUAGAGGCAUUUUAAUUUGCUAAGUGGCUUAGGGUGAAGUAAUUCGAACAACAAAACUAUACUAGAGCUUGCAACAAGAACUGAUUUCAAUGCAUGUUACAAUAAUAAGAAAAGUUUAUGCAUGAACAUCUUUUAUUAACAUGCGAUGAAAUCAGUUUCUGUUGCAGAUUGUAGCCUCAUUCAUUGUAUUUCUAUACAGGUACUGAACCUCAAUGAACAUGUCCUGCUCGAUGUUCGACGUACGCUGGUCUUGCUUCAGAAACACUUCAACACAUCGUGA